CAGCCCCGGGAGGGAGGAUGAGGAGCAGCAGAAGCAGCAGCAGCAGAAAGCGGCAGUCCGAACACACGAGCGAGAAAGCGGCAGCGACCACAGCCCUACAGCGCAGCAGCCGCGCAGACUGACCCACACGAACCUCCCGCAGACAUGGAGCUAAAGAAGUCCAUCUCAGACGGAGAGAGCGCGCCGCGGAGCUACGGGGCCGUGCGCAACACCGACUGGAGCAGAGACAAAGGUCAGAUGGACGUGUCCAUGGCUGAAAGCUCCAUGUCUCCAGACGAGAUUGAGAUGGAGAUGGCCCGGAUCCAGCGGCUCAGGGAGGUGCUGGUCAGGCGGGAGUCCGAGCUGCGCUUCAUGAUGGAUGACAUUCAGCUGUGCAAAGACAUCAUGGCUCUGAAGCAGGAGCUGCGCAAGAUUGUGACAGUGCCAGAAAAGGAAAAGAGUAAGAAGCACCGGCAAAAGGAAGAAGAGCUGAUUCAGAAGAUCCAUAAGCUAGUGGAAAAGAGGGAUUUCCUGGUAGACGAUGCUGAGGUGGAGAGACUGAGGGAGCAGGAGGAGGACAAGGAGAUGGCGGAGUUCCUCAGACUGAAGCUCAUGCCGCUGGACAAGCUGGCCAGAGUGGCGCAGAGUCCUCCCAAAGCGAAAAAGCCGACCCCAGAGCCCCCUGCGAACAAGCCCUCCAUUACCAAGACUAGCGUAGCCAUCAUAAAAGACUGCUGUGGAGCCACGCAGUGUGCCAUCAUGUAAAAUCUCUGUUCCUCUUUACGCUACAGUCAGUAUGUUUCAGGAAAAGAUUUUCUUAUUUGGGGUUAAUCAGGUUGCUGUAGACAUUCUUUCAUAUAGCAGAUUUGGUGCCAUGUUUAAGUUGCCUAACAUUUUAGAAGUGCCAUUGCUCAUCUAUGAAUGAUUUUUUUUUCCAUAAAAGACCUAUUUUUAUGUAAAAACCUGAUGAACAUUACUGUGUUAUUCAGCCCUGAAAAAUCUCCCGAUAGCUUCUUUGUGCAGGCCAGCGGAAUCUAGACUGUUCUAGAAAUAGCUGUAUUCCAGAAGCUCUGUUGAAUAAUGGAUCUCGAAGUUGGUUGAAAUAUCUUGAGUGUUUGGGUCUCUUCUGUUUGGCUGAGGCCUUUUUCUCUCAUCAAAGGUACCACCUUCUAAUGAAUGGUAAAAGCAAAAUAGCAGUUUUUUAGUGUGAGAAAUUGGAGCAAAAGUUAAAAAAAGGCACAGAAAUGUUAAAUCGGGAGAAAACAAAAUAACUGACAUCCAUUUUAGGCUACGGUUUGGUAGAGAUAGUACAUGAAAUAUGUUUUCAGUAUCUCUGUAUAGUCCCCUGUGGAUGAUUGGUAAUUCCAUGUGAUAUUUUUAAAAAAUUAUCACAUGACCAUUCAGUGCCACCAAGGUGAAACAUGGAACACUUAAAUUCAGAAAUGAGUCUACAGGCCUAAACAUACUGUUACAAACAUGACUCUGAAGAUCAAACCCCUUGGCCAAAAGUUCAUUAUCUGAACUAUCAUCAGCCGGCACUGAACAGGGAGAGAAACGUGGCCGUAAUCCUUUUCGUCCGAUGUCAUGUCACUUGAUCCACUUCAAAUAAGCUGUCCACAUCACUUGCUACAUAGACAAUGCUGAUUCAAAUCCAGACUCUGUGGAUAUGAAACAUACAGGCGAGGGCCAGUUUGUGGAGAUAGAUCUGGAGAAGUCUAAACAUGUAAUAAUGUCCAUUGGCUCAGUGCAGAGAGCAUUGGUUGUCUGUGUGUUUGGUAAGAAGAUCAUUACAAGCACAAUAAAUUCUGACAAUACAUUAGCUCUAAGCAACCGUUUUAUACCACCAUAUCUCACACAGCGUUUGUGUUGAAGUUAUAACGGGUAUACACACAUAUAUGCAUUUAUUUCAUCCCUUUAAAGUGAAGAUCUGGAGUUCUGUUAUGUUCUUAGCUCAGUUAUGUUUUGUUUUCAUGAGGCUACAUAAAGCAUUGCUAAUGUCCCACAGCAAUUAGAUCACUUAAACUGCCAAUUUCCAUCUGUCAUUAGUUAUGUUUGAUUUGAACAUUUGAUUAAAACUGAAUUGGCUUGUGUCAAAAUAUUGUAAGUCAUUAAUGAACAGCAGAGGUGGACAAUAUGGCAAAUAUAUACCAUCAUAGUACACAAUUAGCACUGGUUUAAUUUUUCUGCUGUUUGAUGAGUUAAAACAAAAAAAACCUGUUUAAAACAAUACAAUCAAAAACUACAGUGAACAUUCCACAUUGCACUAAAUCCAACAAAACAGGUAUAAUUACAUAGAAAGUUAUCAUAUUGUGAAAUGUGACAUUUAUAGUUGUGAUACACUUCCAUUCAUCAUAUUGCCCACCCUUGAAGUGCAGUGAAUCAGAAUUUGUAGACAAGACAAAACUCAGGCUUUUCUGGAGUAGAGGGAAUUUAAAAAUUACUUCUACUUUUCACCAGACAGGAUUUCCCUGCACAAGAUGAAUUGGCUAGUAGAAGACACAUCUGAAGUCAUACAUUUCCUUAACGUGCAGAAAUACUUCUAUGUGGAAUCGUAGGUUAAUUCCAGCUCCAAUUGUCAGCUUUGGGUUUCUUAGUGAUUUUGUGGUUGUACAUGACCAGAGAGGAGCAGCUCUCACAAUUUUUACAUCUUCUCAUGGAUUCCAUUUCAGAUUUUCCAUUACUACUGUAACAUUUGUUCUCAGUUCACAAACCAGAAACAAAGAUACUUUAACUGUAAAUAAAUGCAGGGUAGAUACCUAAUAAUUUGCAAGCUAGUUGCUCUUUAUGUUGUUGCUGUAAGUAUCUUAAUUAAUUCAGUGUCUGUGAGCUUUCUGGGUCCAGAAAGGUACAACUGCAAAUUUCAGGAAUGAUGCAUUUGUUUCUGAGACUUUUAGUCCUACCUAAAAGGUCCCUAUGUAGAGUGCGGAUAAAUGCACAAACGCUAAACAUUUUCUGUAAAUAUAUGUUUAAAUAAAAAGCAUCUUUCUGGAUCUCGUU